AUGAACGAUUUUAACAAACGUGUGAAUAGUAUCGUUGUUAAAAAUUUACCAAUGGAAUUUACCGCAAGUCAGUUGGAACAACUUUUUUCACCCUUCGGACGAAUACUUUCAAGUAAAGUUUUAGGACAUAAUCCAACUUUUGAAGGAGGUUGUGGUUUUGUUAAUUAUGCUGAUGGUGAAAGCUCGAAUCAAGCUGUUGAACAUAUGAAUAAUUAUGUUGUUAACGGAAAUAUUUUAUACGUUAGUCAUUCAAAGUUACGACAAGCAAAUAAUAAUUUCCAUCGACCACAAAAUGGCUUUACCAAUGGUGAAUCAAACAGUCGUCCGAUGUUCACAGGUACUGUCACUCCAGAGGAGACACCAUCGCCUGGUACUAACAAUCGAUUUAGUGGUUUUCGAUCGAUGGCUGAACGAUCACCGAGCACAACUCAAUCGAAACCGACGUUAAUAAAUAGUUCCCAUUCGAGUACGAAUGAAUUAACUAAUAAUGGUGGGCAGCAGAGAACAUUCAAUGACAAAAGUCCAUUUCAAAAUGGUAUUCCAUUGGUGAAUCAGUCGCCGAUGCGCAUUGACGAACAUAAACCAUUUGUUACGAAUACAACUUAUAAUAUCUAUUUAUCAAAUCUCGAAGUGCCAAAUGUACUGUUUGCAGCAACAUUAGAUGAUUAUGUAAAUGCUACAUUGCUUAUAACGCAAAUGAAUAAACAUGAAAAACUUGCCAAAGUUCAGGGAAAUUCUUAUAACGCCAAGUUAUCAAUCGGACAAAUUUGUGCGGCACUUUUUAACGCGGAUUGGUAUCGAGCUCGUGUUUUAGAGCUAGAUGAAAAUCGUGUACAUGUUCAAUAUAUUGAUUGGGGAAAUACUGGAUGGUGUGAUCCAGUUUUAGAAAUUCGUCCAUUACCAAAUGAAUAUUACAAAGAACCAGCAUUGUGCGUCAAAUGUAUUUUAGACGGCGUAUCAUCCCAUGAAAAACUUUCCAAAGAACAGACCGAUGCUAUUCUUGGUAUACUCGUACUUGAUCUUAAAUUCGAAAUGACGGUUUUACGCAUUGAAAAUGAAAUUCCUUAUGUACGAUUAAAUUUAGGCGAAAGAAUUUUAAACAAUGAAGUACGCGCCAUUCUACCAUCGUCAACUAUAGUAAAACAAAAUCCAAUCAUUAAUUUCGAUGCGAAUAAACCUGAAAUAAAUCUAUCGGAAAUUCAUUAUGUUCAAUUGACAACUGUUGAUCCAACAUCAGAUUGUUUUUAUGUUUUGCUCAUGUGGGAUUGUCUCGCGACAAUCAUGAAUGUUUUAAAAGAUUGGAAUGCAACUAAACAACCGUGGACGACACCGCCGAAACCCAAUAUGCUUGUUUGCGCACAAUAUGAUGCAGACGAUUUUUGGUAUCGCGCAUGGAUUCAAAAUGUGACUGAAAAUGGUUACCGUGUAUAUUUUGUUGAUUUUGGCAACGAUGAAAUCGUUUCGAUGGAUCGUCUUAGUGAAUGUCCUGAUAUUCUAAGAACUAUUCCAUGGCUAUGUGCAAAAGUUAAACUGACGAACAUUAAAUUAACAGACGAUGAACGAUAUACACUUUUAAGAGAUUUUGAAACGGAUCGACUCGAAAUGAAAAUCAUUCAGAAACAACAGGAUAUCUAUCAUGUCGAUUUAGUUACGAAUGGAAAAUCACUUGUAGAACAUAUCUUAGAACUACGAAAGAAACAACCAGCGCAAAUUACGCCGAUUGCUAUUGAGGCACCGAUACAACAAGUUAUUACAGCAGUUACGACAAUUGAAAAACUUAUACGAACAUCAAAUGAAAAUUCACAACCUGUUCCAUCGAUUGUUGACGUACCACUACAACCCACCCUACUAACCAGUGGUAAAAGUUUGCAAUCACCAAUAACAACGACGGAUGUUGCAAAAAAAUCGCUAAAUUCAGUACUGAAGCCAAUGCCAAUUACUGAGCCAAAGAAUGAUGACUCUGUUAAUGAUAGUUUAACGACGCUAAUCACUGAACAACGUCGACAAAAUCGCUUACUCGAACAGGUGAUCGCAGCUAUCAAUACAACAAAUGCACUUCUUACGCAACUUGUUCAACGUUGA